GUCAUUGAGUCGCCGUUCUGCUUGCUUCUGCUUAGGCACAACAACGGGACAUCGGGCUUUCAAGUAAGUUCUUCGUCGUGUCACUGCGUCAUUCGAACUCGGUCGCGUCGGUUUAAAAUCACCGUGCUGUCUGGACUGAUUUCCUUGAAGAUGCGUUUUGCCGUCGUGGGGCUGGUGCUCUUAGCACUGGUGAUAGGUGACAAUCUUGCUGAUGCUCGCCGCAAAGGUGAAGAAAAUUGGAAACAGCGUUAUCAAAACUGGAAGGAUUCUGAAGAACAGUCUCGUCAUCAACAUGCUCUGAUUGGAACUGAUGAAGCUGCCGCUGCAAGGCUACACAGAGAGGAAGAACCUCGUCAACCUGGUGCUCUGAUUGGAACUGAUGAAGCUGCUGCUGCGAGGCUGCACAGAGAAGAACAGAACUCCGUGUAUGACACUCCUACUGAGGAAGAACUAUGGAGGCAGAAAAUUGAAGAAAAGAAAAGGCGUCUGAGUGCAAAGAAAUCUGAUACUGGAGCUGAGAUUAAACCAGCGAGUGAAAUAACUGCGUGGCAUGAGGAGAAAUGGAGGAGGAAGCAGGAACGUCGUCUCCAGGCAGUUCCUUAUGAACUUCAGCGCCAGAAGAGGCGUCAGCCACGCGACUACAGAUCUGAUGCGGAACAAGUUCGGAGUAAUCCUCCUCCUCACACCAAAGUUGCCGAAAUGGCUCGUUACAUUGUCCACCAUUCUGAUUGGGCAGCAGUAGCUUACACCUCCAAACAGCCAGGCACUUAUGGACUUCCUAUGGCUGAUAUUUUUUCAAUCAGUGAUGGUCUCCGGGACAAUAGCACAGGCAUCCCUUACAUGUAUGUUUCUCCCCUGGAUUUGGGAGUCCAAGACUUGAUUAAAGACAGCAGGUGCUCUCUCGCUAUGACAUUGGCCCAGGGAGACUACUGCCAAAAGGAAGGUCUGGACCCAGAAGAUCCUCGCUGUGCUCAUGUUUUCCUCACCGGAAAAAUUAAAUCGUUGAAAAAUGGAUCUGAGGAAUAUGUUCGAGCUGAGAAGUUCUUCUUUGAUCGCCAUCCUCACCUUCGCAAUAUGCCCAAAGAUCAUAAAUUCCGGUUUGCCAAACUGAAGAUCAGUCAGAUCCUUGUCCAAGAUUAUUUCGGUGGCCCAGCUCAACCUUCACUGGCAGAAUACUUUGCUGCCAAGCCUGAAGAUGUGAAGCCUGUCCCAAAGAAGCCAGCUGAGGAUCCUGCUCGUGAAACGGAAGCAGAGCUCCUCCCAGGAGCGUCUGAUGACCUUUUCAAGUGGGCAAGGCCAAUCGAGUAAGCUUCUGUUGAAAGCCGCUCAUAACUAUUGGCUAACUUGCUUUAAUGCAUAAGUUGUACUUUCUGCUCUCUAUAUUCUUUUAUUAGUUUUUAUCUCUUAAAAAUGAGCAUUUAUUCUCCAAGACAUGGAUGUGUCCAAAUCUUUCAGCUCGUGACAUUUGCUGUGAUUUUGUCGUUAUCUAGAUUCUAGUGAGCCAAAGAAUUUAUUUUAAAACUCUCACAUUUUUGUACCUAGCGAGUACUGAAGCAAUUUUUAUAGACCUGUUCUUUAUAGUACGUCUGUUUAGUGCCUUUUUCUCUUUUCUUGUAACUGAUUUGUACAAAGAUGUUAGUUUUAACAAUUAAAGAAAUGUUUCCAAAGCAAAAAUGAA